GUAUCCGAAUUUCCCUUUCCUGAAAUAAGCGGCUGAGUCCGGACGGGCGGUGGCUUACUUUAUUUUCCCUUUGAGAGGGCACUACGACAACUGACCGCUGAACUGGGGACACAAGACGCAGGUUUUUGAAUAUGGAACAGAAAAAAUGUACGUUCCUACUCAUGGUCGGUUUACUUUUGGAGCGGAUGUUUUGUACGAAUGGAAAUUCUAGUGAAUGUCCACUGGUGAUCCAGCCUUCCACCGUGGUGGUGAGAUAUGGAGAUCCAGUAUCGGUGAACUGCACUGUUCCAGGAGAUCAUGAGGGAAUCGGCUGGGAAACUUCAGAGGGAUCUGUUGACAUGGUAUCAAACGGCCAGUUUGUCACCUGGAGUUUGGAGUCCCUGACAGACUGGGAGACAAGACCUAAAUGCUUCGGGAACUUUCUAAUCAAUGCAGACUAUGAUCAGUGUGAUAAAAAGCUCAAUAUUACAGUGUACAAGCCUUCAGACAGUGUCUUAAUCAGUGCUGUGAACCACACAGGCCCAAUGCUGGAGGGGAAAAAGUACCAGCUGCAGUGUGAGGUCCAGAACAUUGCUCCUGUUCAGUACCUCACUGUGAAGUGGUAUAAAGGGGAAACAUUAGAGAAUCAAACCUCCUAUGAUGCUCUCACUAAGACUCCAGUGACUGUGUCCUCUACCGUCCUGAUCACACCCACCAGCGCUGAUGAUGGAGCGCAGUACAGCUGUGUGGCAGAGCUGGAACUGGGACCUGAAGGACCACAACCCCCACCUUCAUAUAAAUCUGAUCCCCUCAACAUCACUGUGCACUAUAAACCCAGGAUCACAGAGUGCCCGGACCGUAUGAUGCUGAGGGAGGGUGAAUCUCUGGAUACUUUGGCCUCCUGCAGAGCUGAGGGGAACCCCUCUCCCAUGGUCACAUGGUACAGAGACCAAUCAGAGUUCAACAGUUCCACACAACUGACCAAGAGACAAGGCGGGCAGUACACCCUCAUAGCCAAGAACACCUACGGAACAGCCAAUCACACACUGAAGAUUGAAGUUCUCUAUAAACCCAGGAUCACAGAGUGCCCGGACCAUGUGAAGCUGAGGGAGGGUGAAUCUCUGGAUACUUUGGUCUCCUGCAGAGCUGAGGGGAACCCCUCUCCCAUGGUCACAUGGUACAGAGACCAAUCAGAGUUCAACAGUUCCACACAACUUACCAAGAGACAAGGCGGGCAGUACACCCUCAAAGCCAAGAACACCUACGGAACAGCCAAUCACACACUGGGGAUUGAAAUUCUCUAUUCUAGUGAAUGUCCACUGAUGAUCCAGCCUCCCACCGUGGUGGUGAGAUAUGGAGAUCCAGUAUCGGUGAACUGCACUGUUCCAGGAGAUCAUGAGGGAAUCGGCUGGGAGGCUUCAGAGGGAUCUGUUGACAUGAAAUCAAACGUCCAGUUUGUCACCUGGAGUUUGGAGACCCUGACAGACUGGGAGAUAUCACCUAAAUGCUUCGGGAACUUUCUAAUCAAUGGAGAACCUGAUCAGUGUGCUAAAGAGCUCAACAUUACAGUGUACAAGCCUUCAGACAGUGUCUUCAUCAGUGCUAUGAACCACAUAGGCCCAAUGCUGGAGGGGAAACAGUACCAGCUGCGGUGUGAGGUCCAGAACAUCGCUCCUGUUCAGUACCUCACUGUGAAGUGGUAUAAAGGGGAAACAUUAGAGAAUCAAACCUCCUAUGAUGCUCUCACUAAGACUCCAGUGACUGUGUCCUCUACCGUCCUGAUCACACCCACCAGCGCUGAUGAUGGAGUGCAGUACAGCUGUGUGGCAGAGCUGGAACUGGGACCUGAAGGACCACAACCCCCACCUUCAUAUAAAUCUGAUCCCCUCAACAUCACUGUGCACUAUAAACCCAGGAUCACAGAGUGCCUGGGCCAUGUGAAGCUGAGGGAGAGUGAAUCUCUGGAUACUUUGGCCUCCUGCAGAGCUGAGGGGAACCCCUCUCCCAUGGUCACAUGGUACAGAGACCAAUCAGAGUUCAACAGUUCCACACAACUGACCAAGAGACAAGGCGGGCAGUACACCCUCAUAGCCAAGAACACCUACGGAACAGCCAAUCACACACUGGAGAUUGAAGUUCUCUAUUCUAGUGAAUGUCCACUGAUGAUCCAGCCUUCCACCGUGGUGGUGAGAUAUGGAGAUCCAGUAUUGGUGAACUGCACUGUUCCAGAAGAUCAUGAGGGAAUCGGCUGGGAGGCUUCAGAGGGAUCUGUUGACAGGGUCGAAGGCGUCGAGUUUGUCACCUGGAGUUUGGAGUCCCUAACAGACUGGGUGAUAUCACCUAAAUGCUUCGGGAACUUUCUAAUCAAUGGAGAACCUGAUCAGUGUGAUAAAAAGCUCAAUAUUACAGUGUACAAGCCUUCAGACAGUGUGUACAUCAGUGCUGUGAACCACACAGGCCCAAUGCUGGAGGGGGAACAGUACCAGCUGCAGUGUGAGGUCCAGAACAUUGCUCCUGUUCAGUACCUCACUGUGAAGUGGUAUAAAGGGGAAACAUUAGAGAAUGAAACCUCCUAUGAUGCUCUCACUAAGACUCCAGUGAAUGUUUCCUCUACCCUCCUGGUCAAACCCACCAGCGCUGAUGAUGGAGCGCAGUACAGCUGUGUGGCAGUGCUGGAACUGGGACCUGAAGGACCACAACCCCCACCUUCAUAUAAAUCUGAUCCCCUCAACAUCACUGUGCACUAUAAACCCAGGAUCACAAAGUGCCUGCGCAAUGUGAAACUGAGGGAGGGCGAAUCUCUGGAUACUUUGGCCUCCUGCAGAGCUGAGGGGAACCCCUCUCCCAUGGUCAAAUGGUACAGAGACCAAUCAGAGUUCAACAGUUCCACACAACUGACCAAGAGACAAGGCGGGCAGUACACCCUCGUAGCCAAGAACACCUACGGAACAGCCAAUCACACACUGGGGAUUGAAAUUCUCUAUUCUAGUGAAUGUCCACUGAUGAUCCAGCCUUCCACAGUGGUGGUGAGAUAUGGAGAUCCAGUAUCGGUGAACUGCACUGUUUCAGGAGAUCAUGAGGGAAUCAGAUGGGAGGCUUCAGAGGAAUCUGUUGACAUGAUGCCAGACGUCCAGUUUGUCACUUGGAGAUUGGAGACCCUGACAGACUGGGAGACAAGACCUAAAUGCUUCGGGGAAUUUCUAAUCAAUGCAGAACUUUCUCAGUGUGACAAAAAGCUCAAUAUUACAGUGUACAAACCUCUAGACAGUGUCUCCAUCAGUGCUAUGAACCACACAGGCCCAAUGCUGGAGCAGGAACAGUACCAGCUGCAGUGUGAAGUCCAGAACAUCGCUCCUGUUCAGUACCUCACUGUGAAGUGGUACAAAGGGGAAACAUUAGAGAAUCAAACCUCCUAUGAUGCUCUCACUAAGACUCCAGUGAAUGUUUCCUCUACCCUCCUGAUCACAUCCACCAGCGCUGAUGAUGGAGCGCAGUACAGCUGUGUGGCAGAGCUGGAACUGGGACCUGAAGGACCACAACCCCCGCCUUCCAAUAAAUCUGAUCCCCUCAACAUCACUGUGCACUAUAAACCCAGGAUCACAGAGUGCCCAGACCAUGUGAAGCUGAGGGAGGGUGAAUCUCUGGAUACUUUGGUCUCCUGCAGAACUGAGGGGAACCCCUCUCCCAUGGUCACAUGGUACAGAGACCAAUCAGAGUUCAACAGUUCCACACAACUGACCAAGAGACAAGGCGGGCAGUACACCCUCAUAGCCAAGAACACCUAUGGAACAGCCAAUCAAACACUGGAGAUUGAAGUUCUCUAUAAACCCAGGAUCACAGAUUGCCCGGACCAUGUGAAGCUGAGGGAGGGUGAAUCUCUGGAUACAUUGGUCUCUUGCAGAGCUGAGGGGAACCCCUCUCCCAUGGUCACAUGGUACAGAGACCAAUCAGAGUUCAACAGUUCCACACAACUGACCAAGAGACAAGGCGGACAGUACACCCUCAUAGCCAAGAACACCUACGGAACAGCCAAUCAAACAUUGGAGAUUGAAGUUCUCUAUCCACCUAGGUUUGAGCAGGUGAAGGAGUGGGUGAAUGUAACCCAGGGAGAUGAGGUGAUCCUGGAGUGCCUGGCUGAGGGAAAUCCCAGUCCUGUACUCACCUGGGAAACGACUGCUGCUGAGAUUCCACAGGUGUCCACCAGAAGGCGGCAGAGUAAUGCCAUCAUCAGCAGAGCCACAUCAUCUAAUGCUGGUGUCUACACCUGCAAUGCGACAAAUGACCAGGGCAUGUCCUCCAAGACUGUCACCGUCACUGUGAUGGAAAAGGGUCGCACAAAAUUGGGCUACGUCUAUGUUUUAGUUAUUUUGGGGAUAGUGUUUAUACUGGUGCUGAUCAUCUUAUCGCUUAGAUCAAAAAUGAAACAUCGAGGGAACUAUAACGUCACGUCAAUAGGAAGGAGGGCUUCAGUAGAGAUACCACUGAACUCCUGCAAUAGUAAUGGGAUCGCCUCCUGCACCUAGAGCAGUGUGGUGCCCCACUGCCAGGCCUGCCAUUGGACCACUGAACUGGGGGACAGAGCCAGGGAUUAGAGUUCUAAACUGCGGGGUGGAACCAUUGAUUAGAGCAAUGACAUGAGGGGGGUGGAGCCAGCCAAUGGAAUCUUGACUGAGGGGUGUGGAGCCAGCCAAUGGAAUCUUGACUGAGGGUUGUGGAGCCAACCAAUGGAAUCUUUACUGAGGGAUUCACCACCACCAGCAGCCAGCACCAUUGACACGAGGCAGGAUGGAUGCAAUAGAUUCAUGCCGUUUUGCCCAAUUCUUACCCUACCAUCUGCAUGCCAAAGCAGAACCUGAGAUUUGACAGACCAAGCAACAUUUUUCCAAUCUUCAGUCAUCCAAUUUUGGUGAUGAUGUGCCCACUGUAGCCUCAUCUUCCUGUUCUUAACUGACAGAAGUGAAACUUGGCACGGUCUUCUUCUACUAUGGCCCAUCCGCUUCAAGGUUUGAUGCAUUGUGCGGUCAGAGAUGCCCUUCUGCACACCACUGUUGUGAACAGCUGUUAUCUGAACAUUUGUGUUAUCUAAAAUGGAUCUGUCCAUUCUGCUCUGAAGUCACUCAUUAACAAAGUGUUUUCACCCACAGAACUGGCGCUCCCUGAAUGUUUUUUUACCCCACCAUUCUCUGUAAACUCUGGAGAAUAUCAUGCAUAAAAUAUGGAGGAGCAGGCUAUUUGCGUUAACAAGCCUAAUAAAGUGGCCACCGAUUGUAUAUAUCCUAUUAAACUAGCAUUUUUAAGAAAUAUGCUCAAUUGAGCUCAAUUAUUUUUCCUGCCACUGUUGUGCAGCUGGCAGGAACAGUGCAGUCUGACUGUAAACAUAUGUUCCAACAGAAAAUUGUAGUGUAGUAAACCAGUUUGCCUCUCUCUUCCAUAACAAUAUCCUGUAAAUCUGAGUUUUUCCCCACACGGCAUUAUGGUGUGGUCUGUCAAUAAAGUAUAGUCCUUUAAA